AGUCCAUCCCAGUCCAUCCCAGUUUGAUCCCAGUCCAUUCCCAGUCCAUCCCAGUCCAUCCCAGUCCCAUUCCAGUCCAUCCCAGUCCAUCCCAGUCCAUCCCAGUUUGUUCUCAGUCCAUCCCAGUCCAUCCCAGUCCAUCCCAGUCCAUCCCAGUCCAUUCCCAGUCCAUCCCAGUCCAUCCCAGUUUGUUCCCAGCACGGCCGGCUCAAGCUCCGCCCCCCGGACGCCGCCCGGCGCCGCCAGCGCGAGGAGAAACUGAGGCACUACCGGGAGGCCAUGGACGCCUUACUGGGGGCCCCGCCCCCAGCCCAGGUUCUGGCUCUGACCGGGGCGGUGCUCUCGGCCAAUCCCGACGUGGGAACCUGCUGGAACCGGCGCCGCCGCGCACUGGGUGAACUGGGAGGGGACUGGGUGCAGUCGGAGCUCUCCUUCGUGGCGCAGUGCCUGGGGGUGAACCCCAAAUCCUACGGGGCGUGGCACCACCGGGGCUGGGUGCUGGGACACGGGAGAGCGCCCCCCGCUGGCCGGGAGGACCUGGCGCUGUGCGAGCGCCUCCUGGAGGCCGAUCCCCGGAACUUCCACGCCUGGGAGCACCGGCGCUCUCUGGUGGCCGGAGGUUCCCCCCAGGCCGAGCUGGAAUAUUCCGGGGCGCUGCUGAGCCGCGAUUUCUCCAAUUUCUCCGCUUGGCACCACCGCCUGCGCCUGCUGGCCCCGGCCAGGGACGGCGGGGAGGGGCACCCCGGGGUGCUGCCCCCCGAGAAGCUGCAGAGAG